AGGGGGGGAGAGAAACACGCGAUCAGACGGGAAGCGAGAGGGAGAAAGGGGGGGUUAAGGAAGGAUCUUACCAGACUAAUGGCUGCACUGCUUUUGGAAUCUAACCUGCUCUCAAGACUCCUGCUUCUCUUGCUCCUCAGCCUUUUGUGCGCCGAAAGCCAGGGGGAGAGAGCGGGCUCUUGCUGCCAGACCUAUGGCUCGCACCCCGUUCCUGUACACGACAAAAGGCAGAGUUACGGGUGGCUUGCGAUGCUGCUUGGGUGUGAUCCGGAGGUCCAUCCGAGGUGGAUCUUACAGUCGGCGUGUGAUUCCAGAGGAUGCCCGCUACGGGCCUGUGUUAGGCGCCGAGGAUCUCAUGGGAACAGGCGUCUGGAGAGCAACAGUGCACAAAGAGCAACGGGAGGACAGGCGCCGGGGGAUGCGCUCAGACGUCUCCAGCCAGAGCUCAACAUGAUCAAGCUCUCUGACUAUCCAGCCAUGAGAUCUACAUCUGCUUCUGCAGAAGCUGGCAUUACAAAGCCAAGAGAUAUCAAGCCAAACUUUUCAGCAUCGACGGUGCAGCGGACAGCUCUCGCAAUCCCCAUGUCCUUUUCAGAGAAGCCCUGGAGGAUUACAAGUAAGGCUAAUGAUAUUAAAAUGAAUGGCAGUGCCAUCACCUUCAACACCAAUAACAACAAUAACAACAAUGACAACAGUGCUGGGCAGAGCCACCGAAGGCAAAAUAAAGAAUUUGGUGCAGGCAGGACACAGGCCAGCCUUCAGGAACGGCCUUGUGGGCCUUCACAGCAGGGGGACGCCCCUGUGAAGGGGUUCCAUGCCGCGGGCGCUGACAGCUCCACUUGCAACAGCUUAACCACCAGUAUGGGAUCCACGCGCCUGCAAUUAAAAACCGCUAACUCAGAGGAAUUACAGAGAAGAGGUGUCAGUCAACAUAGGAAGCAGCUGGGGGGGCAAGCCAAGGGGUUUGGGAGACAAGGAAAGGAGCUGGAGAGGGGGGAGGGAGAUAGACAGCCGGAUGAGGGAGGGAGGGCAAGUGAUGUCGAGAGGACAGAGUGGAUGGGGUUGGCGACUAGGAGCAGAACAAAGGCAGCAAAAUGGAUAGAUAUGACAGCUGAGAAAGCAGAGGACAAAGGUCAGGAUAGCAGAACCCAGAUAGUGAAAGGCAGAGACUGGGACAGAAAGAGGAUGUGGGGGGUGGGUGAGGAGAGAGCAGGAGGUGGGGAAAAGGUUAUUAAAGGAGAUGAGGAAGGGGUGAGAGGGUUUCUAAACGGACAGGACACCCAGGAGGACUUCCCCAAUGCAUCCAGCCGAUAUCGCCGUGCAGCCAACCGACACCCCCACUUCCAGCAGUAUAACUAUCAGGUUCAGGUGGCCGAAAACCAGCCCCCGGGUACCUCAGUGAUAACUAUGUUAGCACAGGACCCUGAUCCAGGGGAUGCAGGAAGGCUAAGCUACAGCAUGGCUCCGCUCAUGAACAGCAGAUCCAUGGACUUGUUCCGCAUGGAUCCGACCACUGGCAUGCUCACCACCACCAAGGUGCUUGACCGUGAGGUCAUGGAUCAGCAUUACUUCCGGGUCACUGCUGUGGACCAUGGCUCGCCACGGCUUUCUGGGACAACCAUGGUUGCCAUCACAGUUUCGGACCGCAAUGACCACUCGCCCGUGUUCGAGCAGAGCGAGUACCGGGAGACAAUCCGGGAGAACGUGGAAGAGGGAUACCCUAUUCUGCAGCUGCGUGCUACUGAUCUGGACGCCCCCUCAAACGCCAACAUCCGUUACCGCUUUGUGGGGAAUGCUUCAGCUGUGCGUACUGCUUUCGAUAUUGACCCCCGGUCUGGGCUCAUCACCACACGUGGGCCUGUUGAUCGGGAGACCACCGAGAGCUACACCUUGCAGGUGGAGGCCAGCGAUCAAGGGAGGGAUCCCGGUCCCAGGUCCUCCAAUGUGAGGGUGUUCAUCACUGUCCUGGAUGAGAAUGAUAACGUGCCACAAUUCAGCGAGAAGCGGUAUGUGGUGGCAGUGCGUGAGGAUGUGAGGCCACACUCCGAGAUCCUCCGUAUCAGCGCUACAGACCGGGACAAGGACAACAAUGCAGCUGUACACUACAACAUCAUCAGUGGCAACAGCCGCGGGCAGUUUUCCAUCGACAGUGUCACCGGGGAGAUCCAGGUGGUGGCGCCAUUGGACUUUGAGACAGAACGGGAAUAUACACUCCGUGUGCGCGCGCAAGAUAACGGGCGCCCCCCGCUCUCCAACAACACGGGCAUCGUAAGCGUGCAGGUGACCGACGUCAAUGACAAUCCUCCCAUCUUCGUGUCCACGCCGUUCCAAGCUUCUGUCCUGGAGAGCGCCCCUGUGGGGCACUCCAUCCUACACAUCCAGGCCAUCGACACAGACUCAGCUGACAACGCCCGGCUUGAAUACCGCCUCACAGGCACGAGCUCCGACACCCCUUUUGUGAUCAACUCGGCCACAGGCUGGGUGACGGUCAGCUUGGUACUUGACCGUGAAGCUGUGGAACAUUAUUUCUUUGGGGUAGAAGCCCGGGACUAUGGCGUCCCACCACUCUCCGCAUCUGCCAGCGUUACUGUCACCGUAAUGGACGUCAAUGACAACCGGCCGGAGUUCCUUCAGAAGGAGUACUAUUCGCGGCUGAAUGAGGAUGCGGCGGUGGGCACCAGUGUGGUCAGUGUGACCGCUGUUGAUCGUGACGUUAACAGUGCUGUCACCUACCAGAUCACUGGAGGGAACACACGUAACCGCUUCGCCAUUAGCACCGUGGGUGGGGCCGGGCUUCUCUCGUUGGCACUGCCCCUGGACUACAAACAGGAGCGGCGUUACGUGCUCACUGUCACUGCUUCUGACCGCACACUGUAUGACACAUGUCAGGUGCACAUAAACAUCACAGAUGCCAACACUCACCGGCCUGUGUUUCAGAGUGCCCACUACUCCGUGAGUAUCAAUGAAGACCGGCCUCCUGGCAGCACGGUUGUGGUCAUCAGUGCCACUGAUGAGGAUAUGGGGGAGAAUGCUCGCAUUACGUACUUCCUGGAAGACAACAUUCCACAAUUCCGGAUUGACCCGUCGAGCGGUGCCAUCACAUUGCUCACUGAACUGGACUACGAGGACCAGAUGACCUACACGCUGGCCAUCACUGCACGGGACAACGGAAUCCCACAGAAGUCUGACACCACCUAUGUGGAGGUCAACGUUAAUGAUGUCAAUGACAAUGCACCUCAGUUCCUCAGCCCACGCUACCAGGGCACUGUGACCGAGGAUGCCCCACCCUUCACCAGUGUGCUCCAGAUCUCUGCAAAUGAUCGCGAUGCCCAUGCAAAUGGCCGUGUACAGUACACCUUCCAGAAUGGUGAAGAUGGUGAUGGAGACUUUACCAUUGAGCCCACGUCAGGCAUCGUUCGCACUGUUCGACGCCUGGACCGUGAGAGUCUCCCCUUUUACGAGCUGACCGCCUAUGCAGUAGACCGUGGGGUCCCUCCCCAGCGCACGCCCGUACACAUCCAAGUCACGGUGCUUGACGUCAAUGACAAUGCUCCAGUUUUCCCGGCAGACGAUUUUGAGGUCCUAGUAAAAGAAAACAGUGCCGUUGGGUCUGUGGUCGCCCAGAUUACUGCCAAUGACCCUGAUGAGGGGCCCAAUGCCCAGAUCAUGUACCAGAUAGUGGAAGGAAACAUCCCAGAGAUAUUUCAGAUGGACAUUUUCUCUGGAGAGCUUACCUCUCUCAUUGACCUGGACUACGAGGUACGUUCUGAGUAUGUGAUAGUAGUGCAGGCCACCUCUGCCCCACUAGUCAGUCGAGCCACAGUUCGAAUCCGUCUUGUGGAUCAGAAUGACAAUGGGCCCCAGCUGCAAAACUUCCAGAUCAUCUUCAACAACUUUGUGUCGAACCGGUCCAACAGCUUUCCAAGCGGGGUCAUCGGGCGGGUCCCCGCUCAUGACCCAGAUGUCUCAGAUCGCCUCUAUUAUUCCAUUGAUCGCGGCAACGAGCUACACCUGCUGCUGCUGAACCACACCAGUGGGGAGAUCCGCCUCAGCCGCAAGUUGGACAACAACCGACCUCUGGUGGCCACCAUGCUGGUUUCCGUCACAGAUGGAAUCCACAGUGUGUCAGCACAGUGUGUCCUGCGGGUGCUAAUCAUCACCGAGGACAUGCUGAGCAGUAGUGUGACCGUGCGCCUACAGAAUAUGUCCCAGGACCGCUUCCUGUCCCCGCUGCUGGGCCAGUUCCUGGAAGGUGUGUCCACCGUGUUGUCUGUGCCCGCCGAGGAUGUCUUCGUCUUCAACGUUCAGCCAGACAGCGGGGCAGAGGGCGUCCUCAACGUCAGCUUCUCUGCGGCCCUUCCCGGGGGCAACUUCUUCCCAUCCGAGGCCCUGGAGGAGCAGCUGUAUCUCAGUCGACCGCGGCUCACGUCGCUGGCCCAGAUGGAGGUCCUCCCGUUCGACGACAACGUGUGCCUGCGCGAGCCCUGCCAGAACUACAUGAAAUGCGUGUCGGUGCUGCGCUUCAAUAGCUCCGCCCCCUUCCUGUCCUCGACCUCUGUCCUCUUCCGGCCCAUCCACCCCAUCGCCGGCCUGCGCUGCCGCUGUCCGUCCGGCUUCACCGGUGACUACUGCGAGACCGAAAUCAACCUGUGCUACUCGAACCCCUGCCUUAAUGGGGGUGUAUGCGCCCGGCGAGAGGGCGGGUACUCCUGCAUUUGCCAUGAAGACUUCACAGGCGAGCGCUGCGAGUGGAAUAGGCGUCAGGGCCGCUGUGUGCCGGGGGUCUGUCGUAACGGGGGCACGUGCCGGGAGGUGUCUGGGGGUGGCUUCCGCUGCGAGUGCCCCGCGGGGGGUUAUGAGCGCCCCUACUGUGCCAUCACCGCCCGCUCUUUCCCCCCCAAGUCCUUCAUCAUGUUCCACGGGCUCCGGCAGAGGUUCCAUCUCUCCAUCUCUCUUUCGUUUGCCACGCUAGAGAGACGUGCCCUUCUCCUGUAUAAUGGCCGGUUUAACGAGAAGCACGACUUCUUGGCGUUGGAGAUCCUGGACGGGCAGGUGCAGCUCAAGUACUCCACAGGUGAAUCGUCCACCCAGGUGAGCCCUUACGUGCCAGGAGGUGUGAGCGAUGGCAACUGGCACACCGUUCACAUCCACUAUUCCAACAAGCCCAAGCAGAGCGUGAGCGGAGAGAGCCUGGGCCCCUCGAAUGAGAAGGUGACUGUGUUGAGCGUGGACGACUGUGACACUGCAGUGGCCCUCAGGUUCAGCCAGCAGCUGGGAAACUACAGCUGUGCUGCACAGGGCAGGCAGACUAGCUCCAAAAAAUCUUUGGAUCUCACGGGGCCCCUCUUUUUGGGCGGGGUUCCCAACCUGUCAGAGAACUUCCCCUUCGUCACCCGGGAGUUCAUUGGCUGCAUGAAGGACCUGCACAUUGACAGUCGCUCCUUGGACCUGGCGAGCUACAUCGCUAACAACGGCACGCUCCCCGGCUGCAGCGCCAAGCUGCCAUUCUGCAAGUCGAAUCCCUGCCAGAACGGAGGCACCUGCAGAGUGAGCUGGGAGACCUUCUCCUGUGACUGUCCCGUGGGAUUCGGGGGAAAGGACUGCAGCUCUGUCAUGAGCCACCCGCACCACUUCGCGGGAAACGGCGCCCUCUGGUGGGACCUGAAGAAUGAUGUUACCAUCUCCACGCCCUGGUACCUGGGGCUGGUGUUCCGCACGCGUACCCCGGACGGCGUGCUCCUGCAGGCCCAGGCUGGGCAGUACACCAGCCUGCUUUUCCAGCUGGUGACGGGGCACCUCGUGUUCUCGGUGAGCCGCGGAUCCACACGCCCGGUGCGCCUGCGCCUUGACCAGCUGCAGGUGAAUGACGGCCGCUGGCACGACCUGCAGCUGGAACUGCGCGACGUGCACAGCGGCCGCGACACGCGCUACGUGGCCACCGUGCGCCUCGACUUCGGCCUCUUCCAGGGAACGGUGAUCGUGGGGAACGAGCUCCAUGGCCUGAAGGUGAAGCACCUGCACGUGGGCGGAGUCCUGGGUGCGGGGGAGGUGCAGAAUGGCGUGAGGGGGUGCAUUCAGGGUGUGCGUUUAGGGGUGCGGCCAGACCCGCCCCCGCUGCCCCGGCCGACCCGAGCGCUGAAGGCCGAGGCCGGGUGCAACGUGGGGGACCCUUGUGUCUCCUCCCCCUGCCCUGCCCACAGCCGCUGCAGCGAUGAAUGGGAGGGCCAUGUCUGCGUGUGCGAGUCAGGUUACUACGGUAAAAGCUGCACCAAUGCCUGCGAGCUGAACCCCUGCGAGAACAACGCCAAGUGCCACCAUAAGCCAGCCUCCUCCCACGGCUACAUGUGCGACUGUGGGGACAACCACCACGGCCAGUACUGCCAGCACAAGAGUGACCAGCAGUGCCCGCGUGGCUGGUGGGGCAGUCCUACAUGUGGACCAUGCAACUGUGAAACCAGCAAAGGCUUCGACCCGGAUUGCAACAAGACCAACGGGCAGUGCCACUGCAAGGAGUUCCACUAUCGCCCACGAGGAACCGAGUCCUGCCGGCCCUGCGACUGUUACCCCGUGGGCUCCUUCUCACGGUCAUGUGACCUGGAGAGCGGCCAAUGCCAGUGCCGGCCGGGUGUGAUUGGCCGCCAGUGCAACGCGUGUGACAACCACUUUGCCGAGGUCACCCAAUCAGGCUGCGAGAUCAUCUAUGACGGCUGUCCUAAGACCAUCACGCUUGGAAUAUGGUGGCCCAGAACUAAGUUCGGCCUGCCCGCAGCUGUGUCGUGCCCCAAGGGCUCCAUGGGCACAGCGAUCCGGCACUGCGAUCCGGAAAGGGGCUGGCUGGUCCCCGAUCUCUUCAACUGCACCUCUCCCUCCUUUGUGGAACUGAAUGCAGUGCUGGAGUCCGUGGAGAGGAACGAGACAGACCUUAGCACCAUCGUGGAGAAGAAGCUCGCCUAUCAGCUGCGCGACGUCACCGAGGCAACGCCCCGUCUCUAUGGCAACGACCUGCAGAUUGCAGACCGGCUGCUUUCCCGUCUGCUGAACUUCGAGAAUCAGCAGAACGGGUUUGGCCUGACUGCCACGCAGGAUGCCCACUUCAACGACAAUGUUCUGCGUGGCUGCAGUGCCUUGCUGGGGUUGGGCACCGCAGGGCUGUGGCGAGGCCAGGGUGUUGUUGGUGAGCGAGGGGCCGGUGGUUUGGUGGAGCUGCUGGAGGACUACACUCGCACCCUCGCCCAGAACAUGAAGCUGACUUACCUGAACCCUGUGGCCCUAGUGACACCCAAUAUUGUGAUGAACCUGGACCGCGUGGAGAACCACACCCAUGUCCGCAGGCGCUUUCCCCGUUACCACAAUGGUCUUUUCCGAGGACAGACUCUCUGGGAUCCACACACACAUGUGGUGCUGCCCCCUACUGCCCUGGUGCCACAAGGACAGUCAGCUCUUCCCAGUCCUCAUCCUGCCCAAAUGAGCAUCCCGGCCAAUCGCAGCGCUGAAGUAACCCCCCACAAGCGACCUGUUUUGCUGCCCGACCCGCCCGUCAGCAUCGUCAUCUUGCUGAUCUACCGGAGCCUGGGCGGCGUACUUCCCGCCAAGUACCACGCGGAUCGGCGCGGUGUCAGGCUGCCCCGCCACCCUGUGAUGAACUCACCCGUCGUCAGCGUGUCCGUCUACAACAACCGCUCGUUUGUCGAGGGCCUGCUGGAGUCACCCCUGCUGCUGGAAUUCCGCCUGCUGGAGACGUCCAAUCGCAGCAAGCCACUGUGCGUGCAGUGGAAUCACAGCCGGCAGGCCGACACUGGGGGCUGUUGGACUGUGAAGGACUGCACUGUCGUGUACAGGAACACGUCGCAUGUGAGAUGCCAGUGUCAGAGGCUGGGCACCUUUGGGGUGCUGAUGGACAGCUCUCAUCGUGAGCAGCUGGAGGGGAACCUGGAGACGCUGGCGAUCGUGACGUACGCAUCUCUGUCCGCAUCUCUGCUGGCCCUGCUGAUCACUGUCGUCGUGUUGUCCUGCCUACGUGGCCUCAAGUCCAACACCCGCAGCAUCCACUCCAACAUGGCCGCUGCCACCUUCCUCUCCGAGCUCGUUUUCCUGCUGGGCAUCAACCAGACCGAACACCAGUUCCUGUGCACCGUCAUCGCCAUCCUGUUGCAUUACUUCUUCAUGUCCACCUUCGCCUGGCUCUUCGUGGAGGGUCUGCACAUCUACCGCAUGCAGACUGAGGCGCGCAACAUUGACCACGGCGCCAUGAGGUUCUACUACGCCAUCGGCUGGGGUGUCCCCGCCAUUAUAACAGGUCUGGCUGUGGGACUGGAUCCCGAGGGCUACGGAAACCCUGACUUCUGCUGGAUUUCUGUCCAAGACAAACUCAUCUGGAGCUUUGCUGGACCCAUCGGGAUUGUUAUUGUGAUGAAUGGCGGAAUGUUUCUGAUUGUGGCACGAAUGUCCUGCAGUCCAACUCAGAAAGAGACCAAAAAGCAAUCUGUGCUUACCACAGUACGCAACGCCUUCAUAGUACUCCUUCUGGCCACUUCCUCCUGGUUCUUUGGUCUUAUGGCUGUCAAUAACAGUGUUCUGGUCUUCCACUACCUCUUCACUGUACUGUGCUGUCUGCAGGGUCUGGCGGUGCUCUUGGUUUUCUGUCUGCUGAACUCGGAGGUGCAGGAGGCCUGGAAGUUGGCCUGUUUGGGGAAGAAGAGCUUGAAUGAAGAACCUCCUCGUGCCCCGCAGAUCACAGGUCCGACCUACAACGGUGCCUCUCUACUGGAGCAGAGUGGACUCCAUCGUAUCACACUGGGGACAUCCACUAUCUCAUCUGUCAGCAGUGCACGAGAAAACCUUCUGGCUCGACAGACUCUGGAGCACAACCUGGGCCAUACGGGUGCCACUGACUUGGAUGUGGCUAUGUUUCACCGGGACAAAGGUAUGAGGAAACACAUACAUGCACACUGCGCUAAUAUAAACCACAUUACAUGAAACUACCACAUGCUUCCCACUCAGUUUCAAAUGCAGUUGGAAUCCACAAUUCAGUGUCAGACAAGUAAUGCAUUGUUUUAAGAGGUAGAAUUUUCCAGUUGGGCCAGUAUAAUCAGUGGGGUACCACUCGGUUCUGUGCUUGGACCAUUACUUUCUAUAAUUUGGAUGCUUUACAUAAAAAACAAAGAUUUAAGCACCUUUAAAAAUUGAUUCAAUUUUCAGAUCAUCUUUUGUUGUUUAGCAGACCCAAAACUAGCUGCCUAACAUUACCUAAACUCUUUAAACUCUUAGACCAGGUAGAGACUUGCAUGAUUUAACGUAUAAGUAGGAAUGCUCAGGGUGUGGCCACAAAAAAUGACAGCAGAAACUUUGGGCUCUUGCGUAGUUAGUUCCAGGUCUGGAUCACAAUACCAAUGAAGCAGUAAAACAAGCAACAAAGUUGUUUAGAUGAACAUCUAAGCAUGAUGAAGCUCAGGGGAAUUUUGAGAAGACUCUAUAAAGCAGCUGCAAAGCUUCACCAGAACUCUGUGAACAGCUUCAGAGGUUAUAUCUGCAAUGAAAGUUCAGCCAAGAGUGCCAACAAUAGUUCCUAGACCAAAAGGGUCUCCAGGCAGGGAUAGAUUAGAAGUGCUGUAUCUCUUUAGUCUCAAGCAUAAGCGAAUUGGGAGUUUACAAGAUGUUGGGAGCAGAACACAAAGGCCAUCAAAACACAAGGCUAUCAACAUUGGCUGGAGACCAAUUUAGAUGAAAAUGUUUGGAAUUGUAUUCAUUUUUCUCUGUUUCUUGUACCAUUUCUGUAUGUGAUUGCAACACACUCUUGUCAAGUACGUUAGGGCAAUGGUGUUAUGAAAGGCAUUACCGUAUUUUUCGG